ACACACAGACGCCACUCUCAUAACCAUUUUGGGGUUUAACUACUAAUCACUAGUAAAAUUAUAUUAAUCAGUUGUUUUCUUGAACAAAAGUUCGGUGCUAAGUACAGAAGGAGAGUCUUGUAUGGUUGUUGGGAUUCAAUCCAAGAUUUACACGAUUUGAAUCGCCUGAUUUCUGGAAAGCAUAUUCUAGUCGCACACCACCUCUAGUAUCCGAUGGUGCUCUUGAAUAAACCUGACACGAUGCAAUUACUGUCGGUCGACGGUCAGGUUUUCCCCACAGUAUUUCUUUUCUUUUAGAAAUUGUUUAGUUCCUCUCGUCUCCUUGUAUUUUCUAUAUGAUGUCGUAUGAUAUGAAUUCGUCCAUAUACGUUUAUUGCCUAUUCUGAUAUUGCAAGUAGUAUUUGCGAUGGAUAACGAGGUGUUAGAAUUUGAUAUUGGGCUGGAAGGAGGGGAGGGAGAAUGCGAGGAUGAUGAGGGCGACAUUGAGCACCCUAUGGCUAUGGCCAUGGCUAUCGAAGAGGAUGAACUGGCUGAUGCUGACAGAGGCAGAGGCACUGCCACUAGUGGUAGCGGUGGAGAAAUUUACGUUCCUGAGGGUUUUGGUGCGGGUGACCUCUUAGAUCUUGAACCUUACGAGGGCAUGGAAUUUGAGUCUGAGGAGGCUGCCAAGGCCUUCUACAAUUCUUAUGCCCGUCGUAUCGGGUUCAGUACUCGGGUUAGCUCAUCCCGGCGUUCCAGGCGCGAUGGAGCCAUCAUACAGAGGCAAUUUGUUUGUGCAAAGGAGGGUUUCCGCAACUUGAAUGAGAAACGCACCAAGGAUAGGGAGAUCAAGCGUCCUCGAACCAUUACCAGAGUCGGAUGCAAAGCGGCUUUGUCGGUCAAAAUGCACGACUCUGGCAAGUGGAUCGUCUCUGGGUUUGUUAGGGAACACAACCACGAGCUUGUUCCACCGGAUCAGGUGCACUGCCUUCGCUCUCACAGACAAAUAUCUGGAGCUGCCAAGACGCUAAUUGAUACUUUACAGGCUGCUGGAAUGGGUCCUCGGAGAAUUAUGUCAGCACUGAUCAAGGAGUGUGGUGGGAUUAGCAAAGUUGGUUUUACAGAGGUUGACUGUAGGAAUUACAUGAGGAAUAAUAGGCAGAGAAGUCUAGAAGGCGACAUUCAGCUUGUUCUGGAUUAUUUGAGACAAAUGCAUGCCGAAAACCCUUGUUUCUUCUAUGCUGUGCAAAGUGAUGAGGACCAGUCCAUGAGCAAUGUUUUCUGGGCCGAUCCCAAGGCAAGGUUGAAUUACACUUUUUUUGGUGAUACCGUAACCUUUGACACUACUUACCGAUCCAAUAGGUAUCGACUACCGUUUGCUCCCUUUACUGGUGUAAACCAUCAUGGACAACCUGUUCUCUUUGGUUGUGCUUUCCUAAUAAAUGAAUCUGAAGCAUCAUUUGUAUGGCUUUUCAAGACGUGGCUUAUGGCUAUGUCUGGACGCCCACCAUUGUCAAUAACAACCGAUCAUGAUUCUGUAAUUCGGUCAGCUGUACUACAAGUAUUCCCUGAGACCCGCCACCGAUUCUGCAAAUGGCACAUUUUUAAAAAAUGCCAGGAGAAGUUAUCUCACAUUUUCCUCAAAUAUCCAAAUUUCGAAGUUGAAUUUCACAGAUGUGUUAACUUGACGGAGUCAAUUGAGGAAUUUGAAUCUUGCUGGUCAACACUCAUCGAUAGGUAUGAUCUGCGGGACCAUGAAUGGCUUCAAGCAAUAUAUUCUGCUUGUAAGCAGUGGGUACCUGUAUAUUUGCGAGACACAUUCUUUGCAGAAAUGUCUAUCACACAGCGAAGCGAUGGCAUGAACUCAUACUUUGAUGGGUAUGUAAAUGCUUCAACCAACUUAAAUCAGUUCUUCAAGUUGUAUGAGAAAGCACUGGAUAGUCGCAAUGAGAAAGAAGUCAGAGCAGAUUAUGACACAAUGAAUAGUUCACCAGUUUUGAAGACCCCAUCUCCAAUGGAGAAGCAAGCAUCUGAGCUUUACACACGAAAGAUUUUCAUGAGGUUCCAAGAGGAGCUAGUUGGGACGCUAACAUUCAUGGCAUCCAAAACCGAGGAUGAUGGGGAGGUCGUUACAUAUCAUGUAGCUAAAUUUGGAGAGGAUCAUAAGGCAUACUAUGUUAAAUUCAAUGUUUUAGAGAUGAAAGCGAGUUGUAGUUGCCAAAUGUUUGAAUUUUCCGGCCUUGUUUGUAGACAUGUUUUGGCAGUGUUUAGAGUAACCAAUGUACUCACUCUACCCGCUCAUUAUAUAUUGAAACGUUGGACGAGAAAUGCCAAAAGCAGUGUAACAUUAGAAGAACAUUCUUGUGAUAUAUAUUCUUACUAUUUGGAAUCUCAUACAGUUAGAUAUAAUACCCUCAGACACGUGGCCUUUAAGUUUGUUGAUGAAGGAGCAAAGUCUCCUGAGACUUAUGAUGUUGCAAUGGGUGCUUUACAAGAAGCCACAAAAAGAGUUGUUCAAGUAAUGCAAAGUGAGGGACGAAUUCUCAUCAACAAUGGCAAAGUUAGGAGUCACUUGCAAAUUGAUGAAAGUCAUACUAAUUCCAGAAGUGGACACGAGGAAGGAAACUUGGGCCAGCAUAUGUCCGAGGAUGACAUGGACAAGAGCAUUAGAGAACUUAUGAAUGAGCUUGAGUUUGCAAAUCGAAAGUGUGAAAUUUACCGGUCCAACCUGCUCUCAGUUUUGAAAGCUGUUGAGGAUCAUAAGUUAGAGUUGUCAAUUAAGGUGGAAAACAUCAAGAUAAGCAUUAAAGAUGGCCUCUAAGGACUUCGGAGGAAAACAUAGUAACAGAUAGGAAACAAAUGAAAAAGCUACUUCUGGAAUAGAAAGAACGGAAAGUCACUUUUGCUUGGGCAGUACAGCCGCACCUCUUUUAACAGGCAUUUAGUUUUUGAUAAAUUUGUUAGUAUUUGCCGACCCCGUUAUAAAGAAUAAGUAAGUAUUGUCUACGGUGUUCAUUAUAUCAAAGCUAAACAUUCAUGGUUGAAGUUUAUAAGUACGUUUAGAUUUGUAUAUUAUCUAUAACAAUAUAUAUAAAGAGCAUCAUUGAGAACAA